ACUGACUCAUAGUCCAUGCUGAAUCUCCCGCGAACGCAGCCAUUUACUCUUUCCUCUCUUCGUAGUGACACCGGUGAGUCUCUACUUUCCUUCCUCACUGCGGCUCGGCCUAAAUUUCAACUUUACAUUUGCGUUGAAAGUCAGCCAGAGCAGGCGAAACCUUUCAGAAAAGUCGCAACUAUGGCUGACUCUAUGGGACAAUGCGUACCUGUGGCGGUGUUUAAGCUGGUGCUGGUUGGAGAUGGAGGCACAGGAAAAACGACUUUUGUGAAGAGACACAUUACAGGAGAGUUUGAGAAGAAGUAUGUCGCUACUCUGGGAGUAGAAGUGCACCCGUUGAUGUUCCACACCAACAGAGGACCCAUCAAGUAUAAUGUGUGGGACACAGCCGGUCAGGAGAAGUUCGGAGGCUUGAGAGAUGGUUACUACAUCCAAGCUCAGUGUGCAAUCAUCAUGUUUGACGUCACCUCCCGCGUCACCUACAAGAAUGUGCCCAACUGGCAUCGUGACCUUGUCCGUGUGUGCGAGAACAUUCCCAUCGUUCUGUGUGGCAACAAGGUAGACAUCAAAGACAGGAAAGUCAAAGCAAAGAGCAUCGUGUUUCACCGCAAGAAGAACCUGCAGUACUAUGACAUUUCUGCCAAAAGUAACUACAACUUUGAGAAGCCUUUCCUGUGGUUAGCGAGGAAGUUGAUUGGUGAUCCCAACUUGGAGUUUGUGGCUAUGCCAGCCCUCGCUCCCCCAGAGGUCCAGAUGGACCCGUCCCUUGCUGCCAAGUAUGAGGAAGAGCUUCAAGUUGCAUCACAGACGGCACUCCCAGAUGAAGAAGAUGACCUCUAACCUGUUUUCUGAUUUUCCCUCCCCUUCUCCCCCGGCUGUGGACAGGAAGUUUUGAGUUUUUUUCCCCCUUUACUGUAAAAUCCCUUUUCAGAUUUUUUUAUUUUUGAAUUUUUUUGUUUUAAAACUUAAGAGAAAAAAACUUGGUGCAAAAGUUGUGGUUCUAAUUUCACUGUAUGACACACCCGCCCUAGUGUUGUUGUUUGGCAUGGCAACAUGCUGCUCUCUUCGUCGUCAAGCACCCUCUUCCGCUGCACAUAUCCAGCUCACAUAAUGCUGUUGUACGGUGUACUGGAAGCACUAAGGGGAAUAAACUUUGAAUAAAAACAUUCUCAGUAUAA